AUUUUCCUCGCGUCCACUACAAAAUGGACGCCGCAGUUGAGUCCAUGGAUGUCGAUUCUACGCGUCCGAAUGCCCCGAUCUCCCCGGACGCGAAGGAAGCAGGGACGAGCUCUUCGUCCAGAGAGAUACCUCCUACUCCUUCUCCAGCGACACCCUCUGGCCCCCGGUACAAACUCGCGUUCAGUCUCAGUGGCCAUACCAAGUCUAUAUCUUCCCUGAAGUUUAGCCCAGAUGGGAGUAAGCUCGCCUCGUCAGGCGCGGACAAGGUCAUCAAAGUCUGGGACGCGUACUCCGGUGGUGUUUUGCGCACACUAGUGGGCCACACUGAAGGCGUAUCUGAUAUUUCUUGGUCGGUUGACGGCGAUUAUCUGGCCUCUGCAUCAGACGACAAAACGAUACGCGUGUGGGACAUGAAAGUGGGAACUGAGAUCAAGACGCUUCUGGGACAUACCAACUUCGUCUUCUGCGUGAACUACAAUCCGGCAUCUAAUCUCUUGGUCUCAGGAGGAUUCGAUGAGACACAAAAGCUCUCAAAGUACUUCCUGCUCACUCUGAUCCUGUGACUGCGGUAAGCUUUAAUCACGACGGAACGCUUAUUGUAUCAUGUGCCAUGGAUGGGCUAAUACGCAUCUGGGACGCUGAAUCCGGGCAAUGCUUGAAGACGUUGGUUGAUGACGACAAUCCGAUCUGCUCUCAUGUGCUGUUCACGCCGAAUUCAAAGUUUGUUCUGGCCUCGACGCAAGACUCGACGAUCCGGCUGUGGAGUUAUCACGCCUCUCGCUGUGUCAAGACGUACACCGGCCAU